CAGAGUGCUCCACCAUGCAUACUUUGGGUGAGUGAUCGGUCGAACACUUCGUGAGUUCUUCUUUGCUUUGGAAGUUAACAGUUCGCGUACGUGUGAGCUAGCUCAGCUCGCCGCCCGUGCGUGCGUCGUCGUCCGGAGGGAGAUGUGGAGGCUGAAGGUCGCGGAGGGUGGCGGCCCGUGGUUGCGGUCGGUGAACAACUUCCUCGGGAGGGCCGUGUGGGAGUUCGACCCCGACCACGGCACGCCGGAGGAGCGCGCCGAGGUUGAGCGAGUGCGCCGGGAGUUCACCGACCGCCGUCUUGAGAAGAGGGAGUCGCAGGAUCUUCUUAUGCGCAUGCAGUAUGCAAAACAAAAGGGUCAUCAGGUGGAUCUUCCUGCUAUCAAGCUUGUACACAGUGCAGAAGUCACAGAAGACACGAUAUUGACAUCGCUGAGGCGGGCCCUUACUCGACACUCUGCUCUGCAAGCAGACGAUGGGCACUGGGCUGGCGAUUUCAGUGGAAUUAUGUUCAUUAUGCCUAUCUUGAUAUUUGCUCUACAUAUUACCGGAUCUCUCAAUACUGUCCUAUCAACAGAACAUCUACGUGAGAUCCGUCGUUAUAUUUACAACCAUCAGAAUGAAGAUGGUGGUUGGGGCACGCAAGUGUUGGGGACGAGCACCAUGUUUGGAUCAUGCUUAAACUAUGUUACUUUGAGGCUUCUUGGCGAGGUGGACAAUGAAUCCUUGACCAAGGGACGUGAUUGGAUACUAUCGCGUGGAAGUGCAGCUGCAAUACCACAAUGGGGAAAGAUAUGGCUCUCGGUCAUCGGUUUGUAUGAAUGGUCCGGAAAUAAUUCAAUCAUUCCUGAAUUAUGGCUUGUCCCACAUAUUCUUCCAAUUCAUCCAGGACGAUUCUGGUGCUUUUGCCGGUUGAUUUACAUGCCAAUGUCUUAUCUCUAUGGUAAAAAGUUUGUUGGCCCAAUUACGCCAACAAUAUUGGAACUAAGAAAGGAGCUUUAUAGUGUACCCUACCAUGAGGUUGAUUGGAAUAAAGCACGUGAUACUUGUGCUAAGGAAGAUCUUCGUUAUCCACGCUCAUUGCUGCAAAAUGUUAUUUGGACAUGUCUUAAUAAAAUCGUUGAACCUGCGUUGAAUUGUUGGCCAGUUAAUAAGUUAAGGGAUAAAGCAUUGAAGAAUCUCAUGAAACAUAUGCAUUAUGAAGAUGAAAGUACAAAAUAUAUCGGCAUAUGUCCAAUCGACAAGGCACUAGGUAUGAUUUGUUGUUGGAUUGACGAUCCAAAUUCAGACGCAUUUAAGUUGCAUCUUCCAAGGAUCUAUGAUUAUUUAUGGCUUGCAGAAGAUGGCAUGAAAGCACAGGUAUACGAUGGUUGUCAAAGUUGGGAGAUAGCUUUUAUUGUACAAGCAUAUUGUUCAACAGACCUUGUUAAUGAGUUUGCUCCGACACUUCGGAAAGCCCAUGAGUUCAUUAAAAGAUCACAGAUUCUUGAGGACCAUCCUGAUAGUGAAGCUUAUUACCGCCACAGAUCAAAAGGUUCAUGGACACUUUCAACAGCGGAUAAUGGUUGGUCUGUAUCAGAUUGUACUGCAGAAGCACUUAAGGCCUUACUGCUUUUGUCAACGAUUUCUCCUAAUCUUGUGGGGGAACCCAUGAAAGGAGAAAGAUUGUAUGACGCAGUGGAUUGCGUGCUUUCUUUCAUGAAUAAAGAUGGUACCUUUUCUACGUACGAGUGCAAGAGAACUACAUCUAUGCUAGAGGUUCUUAACCCUUCUGAGUCUUUUCUGAACAUUAUUGUUGAUUAUGCAUCUGUUGAAUGCACAUCAUCAGUGCUUCAAGCCUUGAUUAUGUUUAGAGAGGUUUACCCGGGGUACCGUGAAGAAGAGAUAAGAAAGUGCAUAAAAAAUGCGUCCAAGUUUAUUGAAAAUAGCCAGCGAAAGGAUGGCUCAUGGUUUGGCACUUGGGGCAUAUGUUUCACUUAUGGAACAUUCUUUGCUGUAAAAGGAUUAGUUGCUUCUGGAAGAACUUACGAGAAUAGUUUCUCCAUAAGCAAAGCAUGUGAAUUUCUAUUGUCAAAGCAGCUAAGUACAGGUGGAUGGGGAGAGACUUAUCUUUCUAGCGAAACUGAGUCCUACAUGAGCGUUGCUACUCCUCAUGCAGUUAACACUGCUUGGGCAAUGUUGGCUUUAAUCGAUGCUGGGCAGGUUGAACGAGAUCCCGCACCACUAUAUCAUGCUGCUAAAGAAUUGAUCAACAUGCAACUAGAAACAGGAGAGUUUCCACAACAAGAACAUGUUGGAUGCUUCAACUGCUCCUUCUACUUCAAUUACGGCAACUACUCCAACUUAUAUCCCAUUUGGGCUCUUGGAGAGCUUCGUCGCCGACUACUUGCAAAGAACUGAAACAAAUGAACAUGAUAUGUUACUUUACUACUCCUAGGUGUAAUCGUGCAUGUUGCAAAAAGGACUACAGACAAACCUUAGAACCAAGUGGCUAUGGAAAAACAUAAGGAGAGAUUAUUAUGUUAUGUACUAUAAUGGCAUGUCAAUUACAUUGCUCUCUAUGG